AAACAUCCCGGCCAGUCUUGCCAGCUCUUAUAGUGAGCACUUGUGUCUUCCUGAUCAUUGUGACUGCCUUCCUUAUUAACACAUGGACCCUGAAAUGGUUUAAGAAGAUCCUGAAGAUUCACAUCCCAGAUCCUGAGAAGUUCUUUCCCCCACUUGUUUCAGUUCACGGAGGGGACAUUCAGAAAUGGCUCUCCUCCCCAUUCUCCACAUCUUCCUACUGUGUGAACAGCACAACCCCAGAGAUCUCCAUGCUUGAGGUGAUGCAGAAGAAUGACCAGGAAUCCCAGUUUCUACUUUCCAAGGGAACCCUGACUCCUGAUCCUCCCUUAGAAACCAGUGGGCACUCCUUAUCCAGCUGCUUCACCAACCAAGGCUACUUCUUCUUCCACCUUCCCAGCUCCUUCGAGAUCGAGCCCUGUCAGAUCUACUUCACCUAUGAGCCUUUCACCCAGGAGGACAGUGGCAGCAAGGAUGGCGAGUCUUGCCAUGCUCUCCCAUGUCCAGACCUCUGCACGCUGGCAGAGGACAUGCCCGUGUUGUCCCACAACUUCCUUCACUGUAUCAAGGUGACCCGGGGCUUCCAAAACAACUCCUUUGUGGAAGAGACAGAAGGUGAAGCCCAGCAGGCCAUGGCUAUUUCUGGGGCUCUCCAGUCAAGUGAAGGCAUCUCACCAACACCAGUUCUGAAACAGGAUGAGAAGGUGAUGGACAAAGCAGCUUUACAACCUGCUGAGGCCCUGUGCCAGCUAGACACUGACAUUCCUGACCCACCGGAUCUGCAUGACAGAGAUACUAUCAAUGUAACAGAGGGAAGUGGGAAGGCAGGCCCUCCAACUGACCCCUGUACACCAGCAGCACAUGCUGCCUCUUCUUUCUCUCUGCCUCCAGCUCUAAGGCAAACCCAGGAUGAGGAUCCAUGCAGAACAGCUUUCUCUAGCCAGGUCCCAAACACUGGUGCCUACCUUUCCCUGAGGGACCUCCAAAGCCAGUACAGCCAUUGCUCUUUCUAG